AUGAGUUUGUUAGCCAAGUUCUUGUACUACUUGAGGUCGGUAUUGGUCGUGCUGGCGCUUGCAGCCGGUGGUCUCUAUGGUGUAAUCGCAUCCAUCAUUUGCACUUUGAUUGGUAAGCAACAUUUGGCACAGUGGAUUACUGCGCGAUGCUUCUACCGUGUCAUGAAAUUGGUGCUUGGCCUCGACGUCCAAGUCGUUGGUGAGGAGAACUUGGUCAAGAAGCCAUAUAUUAUGGUUGCCAACCAUCAAUCCACCUUGGAUAUCUUCAUGUUGGGUAGGAUUUUCCCACCUGGUUGCACAGUCACUGCCAAGAAGUCGCUGAAAUAUGUCCCAUUUCUGGGCUGGUUCAUGGCUUUGAGUGGUACUUAUUUCUUGGACAGAUCUAAAAGGCAGGAAUCCAUCGAGACUUUGAACAAAGGUUUGGAGGACGUCAAGAAAAACAAGCGUGCUCUAUGGGUUUUCCCAGAAGGCACCAGAUCUUACACAAGCGAUUUGACGAUGUUGCCCUUUAAGAAAGGUGCCUUUCAUCUGGCACAACAGGGUAAGAUUCCCAUUGUCCCGGUGGUCGUUUCCAACACCAGUACUUUGGUGAGUCCCAAAUACGGAGUCUUCAAUAGAGGCCGCAUGAUUGUUAGAAUCUUGAAACCUAUCUCCACUGAAAAUUUGACCAAGGACAAGAUUGGUGAGUUCGCUGAAAAGGUUAGAGAGCAAAUGCUUGAUACCUUGCAGGAAAUUGGCUACUCUCCAGCAAUCAACGAUACCACCUUACCACCACAGGCUGUUGAGUACGCUGCUCGUCAGCAUGACCAAAAGAAGAACAAAAUCAAGAACGAGCCCUUGCAUUCUGUCAGCGCCAACGACGACGUCAGUGUCCAUCACGAAGGAUCCUCGGUGAAGAAGAUGCAUUAA